UGGACAUCUGCAGAACAAUGGCAAUCCAUGAGGAUCCGUACUUUGUGACUGCAGACCCUUACGGAGGUGUGGGAGGUGAAGAGUUCGAGGCUGAAGAGGCCGAAGAGACCUUGGAAACCGAGGGCUUUGGAGACGUGACGGAAGCGUUGCAGGGUGAGGACUUUGGAGAUGUCCAGGACGAAGAUCCUCAGGAGGACGAGGUAGACGAAGAAGCCUAUGCCUACGCUGAGGGCGAGGAGGAAGCCGAGGAAGCCGACCAGGGUUACGAGGCAGAGAUCCUGAUGGACCCAGUCGAGGAUUCUGCUGAGGCGGAAUACCUCGAUGAUGCUCUUCCAGAAGAAGAUGCAGGGGCUGAGGUGGCCGGGAUGGACGACCAACUGGCCGAAGCUGAUGCGGAAGCUGAGGCGGAAGCUGAUGCGGAAGCUGAGGCGGAAGCUGAGGCGGAAGCUGAGGCGGAAGCUGAUGUGGAAGCUGAGGCGGAAGCUGAUGCGGAAGCUGAGGCGGAAGCUGAGGCUCAGAUUGCCCUCUCUGCAGUGGGCUUGGCAGCCUUGAGCAGCACCGCCUUCGUUGCCCCGAGCGCUGGUUCCAGCCGUAGCACUACGUUGCGUGGCGCGCGGGCUACGAAGUCAGUGGGAAGCUCUAGUCAGUCUGCCGGUGCUGCUUCUGUAGCGGGCGCUGCUGUGUGCUCAGCGGCACUGCUGGUUAGCCAGGGUCGCAAGGUGGGUGCCAGCAAGUCCUCCAUCACAGCGCUGCACGCCUUCGAGCAGGAGCUGGGCGUCCAGGCGCCUGUGGGCUACUGGGACCCCGCAGGCUUGGCCAAAGACGGCGAUGCGGAGACCUUCAAGCGAAGGCGUUCCGUGGAGCUGAAGCACGGACGCAUCGCCAUGCUGGCGACCAUGGGUUACAUCACACCAGAGAUCGCAGGCAAGUUCCCAGGAUUCCUUUCACCCUCUGCCGGACUGAAGUUCGCAGAUGUGCCCAAUGGCUUGGCAGCCAUCUCCAAGGUGCCACCGGGCGGCUGGACUCAGAUCCUGCUCUACAUGGGCUGGUGCGAGGUCUCUCGUGGUCCAGGCUCAGACAUUGCCAGCGGAAGACCUGGUGACUUUGGUUGGUACGUCUUGACCUCCGCCGAUCCGGAGGAGAAGAAGAAGAAACUCAGCGCAGACGGCUUGACCGGCUCCGCUUGGGGCGACUGGUCCUUGUACACCGACUCCCCUCUGCGUGCGGAAGCGGACUUCACUAAGGAGCUUGGUGUGACACCUCCCUUGGGCUUUUGGGACCCCUUGGGCUUCAGCAAGUUCGAGAACACCGAGUUGGCCAAGCUGCAGUUCAAGCGUCGCCGCAUUGUGGAGAUCCAACACGGCCGUGUGGCCAUGCUCGCUUGCAUUGGUUAUAUCGUACCUGAGUACGUGCGAUUUCCAGGCUAUUGCUCGCCUUCCAUGAAUUUGGCUUUCACUGACAUCCCCAACGGCCUCAAGGGCGCAGCCAUGGUGCCAUUGGCAGGAUGGUUGCAGAUCAUCACAUUCGUCGGAAUCAUCGAGGUCUUGAACCUCCAAGCAGCCCAGAGCGAUGUGUUGGGCGAUUAUGGUUACGGAGCCUUUGGCAUCCCUUACGGAAAGAAGAUUGAGGACCCAGAGAAGAAAAAGAAGAGCUUGACAGCAGAGAUUAACAACGGACGACUGGCCAUGAUGGCCAUUAUUGGCAUGUUCUACCAGGACGGCUUGACCGGUUCCGCCUGGGGUGACUGGGCCAACUACGCCGACUCGCCUUUGCGCGCGGCCGCGGAUUUCUCCAAGGAGCUUGGCGUGACUCCUCCCUUGGGUUUUUGGGACCCCUUGGGCUUCAGCAAGUUCGAGGACGCUGAGUUGGCCAAGUUGCAGUUCAAGCGCCGUCGCAUUGUGGAGAUUCAGCACGGACGUGUUGCUAUGUUGGCCUGCAUUGGUUACAUCGUCCCUGAGUACUUUCGAUGGCCAGGCCUGUGCUCGCCUUCCAUGAACUUGGCCUUCGCUGACAUCCCCAAUGGCCUCAAGGGUGCAGCCAUGGUGCCAUUGGCAGGAUGGCUUCAGAUCAUCACCUUCGUUGGCAUCAUUGAGGUGCUGAAUCUCCAGAAGGUUCAGGAAGGCGAUGUGCUGGGCGAUUAUGGUUACGGUGCCUUCGGCCUCCCUUUCGGCAAGAAGAUCGAGGACAAGGAGAAGAAACUCAAGAGCCUCACUACUGAGAUCAACAACGGACGUUUGGCCAUGAUGGCCAUCAUUGGCAUGUUCUACCAGGACGGCUUGACCGGCAGCGCCUGGGGCGACUGGGCCAACUACGCCGACUCGCCUCUACGAGCCUUUGAGGAGGAGCUGGGUGUCCAGGCUCCGGUGGGUUUCUGGGACCCAGUGGGCUACACUCGUGAUGGCGACAUUACCACCUUCAAGCGCCGCCGGGAGACGGAAAUCAAGCACGGCCGGGUGGCGAUGUAUGCCACCAUGGGUUACAUUGUUCCUGAGUACUUCAAAUGGCCAGGAUACCUCUCCCCAUCCAUGGGAUUGAAAUUCUCAGACGUGCCAAAUGGUUUGGCCGCCAUCAGCAAGGUGCCAGGCAACGGCUGGGCGCAGAUCGUUGCCUUUGCGGGCUACUACGAGCUCUUCGUCUACAAGUACAACGGUACCCCAGGCGACUACGGCUGGAAGGUCCUGAGCUCGGCAGAUCCGGAGGGCAAGAAGCGCAAACUGAGCGCAGAAUUGGCCAAUGGCAGACUGGCGAUGAUGGCUAUCAUCGGCAUGUUCUUCCAAGACGGUUUGACAGGAAGCGCCUGGGGAGACUGGGCCAACUACACCGACUCUCCCUUGCGCGCCUUCGAGAACGAGACUGGCGUGCAGCCUCCCGUAGGCUUCUGGGACCCCUUGGGUCUCUCCACCAGUGGCAACCUCUCUGACUACAAGCGUCGCCGAGAGGUGGAGUUGAAGCACGGACGUGUUGCCAUGUUCGCCACCAUUGGCUACAUUCUCCCUGAGUACUGGAGGUUCCCCGGCUAUUUGUCCAAGUUCCUGGACAUCAAAUUCUCGGAGGUUCCCAACGGCCUGAGCGCUUUCUCCAAGGUGCCUUCCUUGGGAUGGCUGCAGAUCGUGGGCUUCGCGGGUAUCGUGGAGCUCAACGUGUACAACGAGCAGGUGAACGAUGAGCCUGGCAACUACGGGGCUGGAUUCUUGGGACUGAGGUCCAUUGGUUUCAUGAACGCCGGCAUCGCCGACCCCGAGGUCCGCAAGAAGAAGCUGAACGCUGAGUUGGCCAACGGCCGCCUGGCCAUGUUCGCCAUCAUCGGAAUGUUCUUCCAGGACGGCUUGACCGGCAGCGCCUUGGGUGACUGGGCCAACUACACGGACUCGCCCCUGCGGGCCUUUGAGGACGAGCUGGGUGUCCAAGCGCCUGUGGGCUUUUGGGAUCCAGUGGGCUACACCCGUGAUGGUGAUGCUGAGAACUUCAAGCGACGCAGGGAGACAGAGAUCAAGCACGGCCGUGUGGCCAUGUAUGCUACCAUGGGCUACAUCGUCCCUGAGUACUUCAAAUGGCCAGGAUACCUCUCCCCAUCCAUGGGUUUGAAGUUCAGUGACGUGCCCAACGGCUUGGCUGCCAUCACCAAGGUGCCCAGCGGUGGAUGGACCCAGAUUGUGGCCUUCGCCGGCUACUACGAGCUCUUCGUGUACAAGUACAACGGAACACCAGGAGACUACGGCUGGAAGGUCCUCAGCUCCGCAGACCCGGAGGCCAAGAAGCGUAAGCUCAGCGCAGAGUUGGCCAAUGGACGACUUGCCAUGAUGGCCAUCAUCGGCAUGUUCUUCCAAGAUGGUCUCACAGGUUCUGCCUGGGGCGACUGGGCCAACUACACCGAUUCGCCCUUGCGGGCCUUUGAGAACGAGACGGGUGUGCAGCCUCCAGUUGGAUUCUGGGACCCUCUAGGGCUUUCCGUCAGCGGCAACGUCUCUGAUUACAAGCGCCGACGCGAGGUGGAGUUGAAACACGGCCGUGUUGCCAUGUUCGCCACCAUCGGAUACAUUCUGCCAGAAUACUGGAGGUUCCCAGGCUAUUUGUCCAAGUUCCUGGACAUAAAAUUCUCGGAGGUUCCCAACGGCCUCAGUGCUUUCUCCAAGGUUCCCGCCCUGGGCUGGCUGCAGAUCGUGGGCUUCGCCGGCAUUGUGGAGCUGAAUGUCUACAAUGAGCAGGUGAACGAUGAGCCUGGCAACUACGGUGCAGGCUUUUUGGGUCUCAGGUCCAUUGGCUUCAUGAACGCCGGCAUCGCCGACCCCGAGGUCCGCAAGAAGAAGCUGAACGCUGAGUUGGCCAACGGCCGCCUGGCCAUGUUCGCCAUCAUCGGUAUGUUCUUCCAGGACGGCUUGACCGGCAGCGCCUGGGGGGACUGGGCCAACUACACGGACUCGCCUCUACGAGCCUUUGAAGGCGAGUUGGGUGUGCAGGCACCAGUGGGUUUCUGGGACCCCUUGGGCCUUUCGGCUGAUGGCGACAUCGACACCUUCAAGCGCCGUCGCGCUGUUGAGCUGAAGCAUGGGCGCAUUUGCAUGUUGGCCUGCAUUGGAUACAUCGUCCCGGAGUACUUUCGCUGGCCUGGCUACCUCUCCCCAGAGAAGGGCAUCAAGUUCGCCGACAUGCCGCACGGCAUCGCGGCCAUCGGAAAGGUGCCAUUGGAAGGCUGGGUUCAGAUCGUCCUCUUCCUGGGGCACUACGAAGGAUAUUUCUGGCGUCAAGACCCCAAGAGGGCACCAGGUGACUAUGAAGGCUAUGGAUUCCUGGGAGCAGGCAAGAACUUCAUCUUUAAUUUUGACCCUAUCCUCUUUCAGGACCCAGAGGUGAGGAAAACCAAAUUGGCGGCCGAGUUGGCGAACGGACGCCUCGCAAUGGUGGCCUUGAUGGCCAUGCUCUUUCAGAACGGCACUGUGGGCACAACUGGCCCUGCCAUGUGGCUCUCAAGCGCCUAA